GCCAAGAUGAGUGAUGAGCAAAUCGAUAAACUCGUCAGCCGGCUAGAUGGUGCUUUAAACCGCCUUGGAAAUGUUAAGAAAGACCACCCUCUGGAGUCGUCGUCGAACUCGAAACCAACUCACCAGCCAAAGUCUCCGGCUCCUUAUCGGCAAAAAAUCGAGAAGCUCAGUGCCGAAGUUGUCGACUCGAACCCAUACAGCCGACUUAUGGCUUUGCAGCGCAUGGGAAUCGUCAAUGAGUACGAAAGGAUCCGAGAGAAAACAGUGGCAGUUGUCGGAGUUGGCGGCGUCGGAAGUGUUGUCGCGGAGAUGCUCACUCGAUGUGGAAUAGGAAAGCUGAUCCUUUUCGACUACGACAAAGUGGAGAUCGCCAACAUGAAUCGGCUUUUUUAUCAACCGAACCAGGCAGGUCUUAGCAAGGUCGAAGCAGCGAGAGACACAUUGAUCCACGUCAACCCGGAUGUUCAAAUCGAGGUCCACAACUUCAAUAUUACCACAAUGGACAAUUUUGAUACAUUUGUCAACAGAAUCCGGAAGGGAUCCCUUACCGACGGGAAAAUCGAUUUGGUACUGAGUUGCGUGGAUAACUUCGAAGCUCGAAUGGCUGUGAACAUGGCUUGCAACGAAGAAAACCAGAUCUGGAUGGAGUCUGGAGUCAGUGAGAAUGCCGUGUCCGGCCAUAUUCAGUAUAUCGAACCAGGAAAGACGGCGUGUUUUGCUUGUGUUCCUCCACUCGUUGUCGCUUCGGGAAUUGACGAGCGUACGUUGAAACGCGAUGGAGUGUGUGCUGCGUCACUUCCAACAACAAUGGCUGUAGUUGCUGGAUUUUUGGUGAUGAACACGCUGAAAUACCUUCUGAACUUUGGAGAAGUCUCCCAGUACGUUGGAUACAACGCAUUAUCAGACUUUUUCCCUCGUGACAGCAUCAAGCCGAACCCAUACUGCGACGACUCUCACUGUCUGCAAAGACAAAAAGAAUACGAAGAGAAGGUUGCCAAUCAACCUGUGGAUCUUGAAGUGGAAGUUCCAGAAGAAGAAACCGUCGUUCAUGAGGACAAUGAAUGGGGAAUCGAGCUGGUAAAUGAGUCGGAGCCAUCUGCAGAACAAUCUUCAAGCUUGAAUGCUGGAACCGGGCUCAAGUUUGCUUAUGAACCAAUCAAGAGAGAUGCCCAGACUGAAUUGUCGCCGGCUCAAGCUGCAACCCAUGAUUUUAUGAAAUCGAUCAAGGAUAAACUCGUCGAGGAAGCCCAGAACAAAGGAAAAUAAUUGCCAAAAAUCAAAAUAUAGAUUUUUCCCAUAUUCUUGUCAAUAUUAAAAUUGCUUUUAUAAGCUAGUCUCUCGCCUUCCAUCACACUCGCUAAAUAAUUUAUUGUCAAUCCCCUUCUUUUUUUUAGGAGCCAAUUUUGGGUUUUUAGCUUCUAUUUUUCCUGUAUUCUGUCCCCCCUUCGCUCACUAUCCCCUUGUAUUGCAUAUUACACAUCAUCUGUGAUUGAACUCCCUGUUUUCUAUUUUAUUCAUAAAAUCUUUAUUAUUU